AAGGCCUAUCUGCCUUCUACAGACAUUUGAUAAAAUCAGGAACUUCGCAUACAACUCGGGAAGAAGUUCACCUCAGACCCUAUUAGGGCAAACUAUGAAAACUUGUUAGGGUCCUCCUGUCCUGAGAUCCACCACUGCUGAGGGACUUCACGGAGUCCAAGGAUCUCGCUUUUUAAUUUUUUUUUUUCUUUUCUUUUUUCUUUAUUUUUCUUUUUUCCCCCCUAUUUUUAAAAUAUGAUUUUUUGCAAGUCAGUUAUUCUGGAUGUUUGAAAACUGAAUUAAGAAAAAUUCACUCAGAAGUUGGCUGAAUGUUGCAAGCUUGCAAGAUGGAAGGAUUUCCCCUUAUUCCCCCUCCCUCUGAAGAUAUGGUACCCUAUGAGUCAGACCUCUACCGACAGCCCCAUGACUAUUACCAGUAUCUCAACAGUGAUGGAGAGAGUCAUGGUGAUCAUUAUUGGGAAUACCAUCCACACCACAUGCACAGUGAAUUCGAGACCUUUGGAGACAACCAUUUCACAGAGCUGCAGAGUGUGCAGCCUCCCCAGCUGCAGCAGCUCUACAGGCACAUGGAGAUCGAGCAAAUGCAUGUCUUGGAUUCUGCAAUCCCAACCACACACAUCGGACUCAACCAUCAGGUGUCCUAUUUGCCCCGGAUGUACUUCUCUCCACCUCAGCCCAGCUCUGACGAGGAGGACAUAGAGAGGCAGAGCCCCCCCUUGGAGGUUUCAGAUGGGGAGAAUGAUGGUGUUGACCCUGGGCCUGGAAUUAUGCAUGGAGAAACAGGCAGCAAGAAAAAGAUACGUCUGUAUCAGUUCCUUCUGGACCUUCUCCGCAGUGGGGACAUGAAGGACAGCAUUUGGUGGGUGGACAAGGAGAAAGGUACAUUCCAGUUCUCCUCCAAACACAAAGAAGCAUUGGCCCAUCGCUGGGGCAUCCAGAAAGGCAACCGCAAGAAAAUGACCUACCAGAAGAUGGCACGGGCUUUGAGAAACUAUGGCAAGACAGGGGAGGUCAAGAAAGUUAAGAAGAAGCUGACCUACCAGUUUAGUGGAGAGGUGAUGGGAAGGGGGGCCACUGAUAGGAAGCAUUAUCCUCACUGAGGCCAUGGGACCCUAAGCAAGAAAAGUAUUGAGAGCUCCUGGCUGGAUACCAGCAGAGGAGAUGGACGCAUCUUUCUCUUUGCUUCCUGUGCCCCCUUCUCUGCCUUUAAACAGCCUUUAUCAUCAGAUGUUUCUGGUACGAAUUCCCUUCUUCAGCAUCUGAGAAUCCUAAUCAUGACAGAAUUCUUUGCUUCCAUCCUCCAAGUUGGACAGAGUUGGGAAAUUUAAACAAUGUACAAAUAUAUUGUUGUCAGGAAAGUUUUUUUUAUUUUUUUUUCUUUUUUUUUCUUUUUUUUUUUUUUUUUUUUGAUUGUAUUGUAACUAAAUACAGCCAAUGAAGUUUUGCCUCCAGAGGUGGUGCUGUGUCACUCACAGUGACACCACGUUAGCUUCCAGCUUUUAAACUAGCAUUAAUACAGGCUCUGCCACAGCUCUCGGAGCUAGAGAGAAGUCUGCAGAUCUUGGGAAUGAGACUCAUUCUUUUAAAUAGUAAUAACAUGUACAUAUUUAAUAAAAUUAGAUAUAAUGAAGUUUUGAUGUUUGCAUAAUAAAUGAUUAGUUCACAACCAAA